GAAGAUGUCUAGAAGGGAAGGAGCUGGUCAAUCCUGGUGUCUGCUUUUAGAGACUGUGUACUAUAUUAUCAAGACUAGCAACCUCUGAGUAGUAUAAAUAUUCGAAGUCUGCAAAAUUUCGCAGCAAUUCUCGACGAAGUGGCAUGCCAGUCCCUCGUCUUGUCCCUCCGGGGCGCAGUUGCGACUCGCGGGACUUGAAGGCGGGAAGCGUCGUCAGCGACUUGAAUGGCUACUACGAUUCGCAGAACAUAAUUUCGAUUUUCGACGAGAGACUGGCUCGCAGCGUCCUCUCUUGCGUUUUGCAUCACUCGGACAAUCGUGAGGGUGGUGCCGGACUCACGCUUUCUCACACGCGGAGCACCAACGGCGGAAAAAUAUGGUCUCCCUUGAUCCCAGUCGAGACGUAUCCACCGCAGUCACACGACGGUUACCAACUGCGUGUUGGGUCGCGGAUAUAUCUCUUCUAUGGCUGCAACCGGGGGAGCCAACCAGCGGGAGGACCGCAGAUCUCGCGGACUGACAUGCAGCUGGACGAAGGGUUCUGGAUGAAAUGGAGCGACGACGCCGGAAGAAGCUUUUCGGGGGACCGCGUCUGCAUCCCGAUUCCGCGCACAGAAAUCGACCGUUGCAAUCCGUGCGCGCCGACUAUUGGCGCCUUUUGCUGUGACAAGCCACAACUUAUCGACGGUACGCUUUUUUUUGCGUUUCAGAAAACUCGGGAUGGAAAUGGGGAGAGCUACGGCAGCGAAGUCUUCGUUGUGCGUUCGCGGAACUUCCUGGAAAAGCACAAGACCGAAAAACUGUUCGAGAUUGAGUUCGAGGUUUUUCCCAGAGGCACGGUCAGCGGGCUGCAGACGCCACGAGGUCUUCUUCUCGGCGAAGAGCCUCACAUCAUGCAGAUUUCGGGUGCAAAAAUGUUGCUCGUUUGGCGCACGGAGCUGGGUUUCUUGGACUCCUGUGUGUCAUUCGACUACGGCGAGAACUGGGUGCGGGACGACCCUACGAUAGGCACCAAAAACUUGUCUCCGUUGCCCACGCCGCUACUUUACGAGCCACCUCCAUCUUCUAGUACUUCUAGUACAGCUUGCGGUAGCGAUGUUGAUGUUUCUCUUUUAAACGACACGAAAUUGAACGCAGCGCUGCUCAGCGACAAGCGGUUGAACGGGCUGACGCCAGCUGGUGGCGGCGAACAGUUUAUGCGGAAUCGCGAGGAAUACCUUACCUCUCGGGAACACGCGGCUUUCGUAGCUGACAAUCCGUGGAUAAUGCGCCAUCCUCGGGGUGCUUUCACGCCGUUUCGGCUCGCGAAUGGUCAUUAUGUGUUGUUGUACUACAACAACGGACGAACAGAGCGCGUUGGCUACACAUGUCGUCUUAUUUACUGGCUGAGCGUUGGUAAAAUUGUUCGAAAAGGCGAGCUCGGCUCUUCAGCAACGUCCUCUGGCAAUAUCACAACUGUAACUGACUCUGCAAAUGCAGCUUGUCAAAGCGACCAUCUUUAUGAAGACUGAUCUUGCAGACUUGAGAGCAAUUGCAUGGAUCUUGUACUAUAUAUUAAAAAGAUAGGAAUAGAAAUAACCCUCUCGCACUAUUCUGAUUAAUACUCAUGAGCGAAAUUACGAAUCCUAGGCCAACUAAGCAGUUGCGGCCUUAGUAUAAAUCGAUCGUUGAGGUUGAACAUAAAGAAAGAAAAUGAGUUUGGAAAGUAAGUAACAUGCUAGAUCUAAAGUAUUAAUAGAGGUGGGUGGACGAGUGAGCCUUCUCCUUUCCUCUGUGUUCUCGUACCACGAGUUAUCAUUGCCUACACAGAGCGUUCUCUUCGUCUUGGCUUUGCCACUCGCGUUUCGCGAGUGAUCAUCGUUGUCUUCUCUUUGAGAGUUCAUUUCUUCGUUUGUGAUCAUUUGCUCUGCGGAGCAUGGGUGAGCACAGCCCCGCCUGGGCUGGAGCUCUUCAGUGAUUGGCUCGGGGGUGGCGCCUCAAUCCUUGAGAAGCCGGGAGCUGUAGGCCGCAGGGGGUGCUUAUGGCCUAUGACCCUGGCCCUCUCUUCUGCACUGUGCAGUAUGCUCAUCGGUUUCUCGGUUUCGUUGGGCUUUCUUUCAUCUGACUACCUCCGAUCAGUGCUACCCUUCCUCCGGCUCUGCCGUCCUGCCUCGACCUCCUACAGUCUAAACAUUCAAUUAAGAAGAAAAAAAAUUUAAGUUUGUUCGCGAUUGCUGCUUACUACUCUAUUCUCUGUGUCACAAUGACACAUUUUCGAGGAAUGAUAGAAUAUUUAGAUGUUCCUUCCAAAUGUUCCACAUUAAAUCUAUUUCGUCUAAAACUUGCUUCGGGCUCCUUGUGAAAGCGACCAACGCUAUAUUCGAUGGUCGCAACCCGAGAUAGUCCUGUUUUGGGAUGGCGUUUGCUUCGACGAUUCGACCCGCGAGUGGUCGGAGGAGUAUGCUAUUGUCGAUGGCCCAGGAUAUGCAGACUUCCAGGAGGACGUGGAAACGGGGGAGCUGAUAGUGGUGGAAUCCAAUAAACUUACUGUUCGUUUUCACCGGGUCGACACCUACCUUGUGGAAUCGAUGAAGCUGCAGCUCGUGGAACAACCGAAAGUAGACAAAGUUCAACAAGAUGAAGUAAAUGAAGAAAAGAAGAACGAAAAGGAAACCUUGCGAAUGCGUGAGAGACUUAUCCGUGACAGUCUAGUGCAAAGCUAUGAGUCUGGCGCUCAGUUGACAAGUUCUAGUUCAUCCACCUUGCGCUGUCCGGUUCUUGCGGACCUGCGAAGCGGUGGCGGCUUCACCAUUCGCGUCGUGCUUGACCAGUUCGAUCCAAAAGCCAUGCUUACGGGGAAUGCCAACAGUGAAGAUGCGCCUCGAACGAUGCUGGUGAAUGGGCUUACCACCGCGUCGUCAGCUUUGGACGAGCCUGCAGAAGACGUGGUCGCGUGCGACAGUCCGACCAUACAGAAAGGCUACACAAUCGAGCUCGGAGCGAAUGGAGAUUUGAUUUUCUCACUCACUGAUGGGUUCAAAAUUCAAUUUUCUAUGACGCUCUCGGCAAAGAGCCUUGUCGCUUCCCCAGCGCAGACGGCGUAUUACCAGUUAGCAAGCGCACCGACUGGACCUCCACUAAUUAUGAAAAUGAUCAUCGCCACUCGUCUUUUUCAGGUUUUCGUCGUCACAAAGUUGUAGUGAAAGAAUAACUGAGAAAAGGAAGGAAUCAUCUGCAUUUAUUCCUGUUUAGUGACUGUCUUCUUGCGACGAGGUUCUGUCUGGCGCUUCCCACUCUAAGACAUCGAGUUUCUGCUUUGUCUGCGACGGCGGGCCGAAGGUUGCAACAUGCGUUAUCAAUGACCGGCUCUACAAUGCGGCACCAUGCGGCUGGUUUUCCUUGCCGAGAGAGUUUGGCGAGAUCGGGGGAGCUGAUGUUGAAGUCGUUUCCUCGAACGUUAAGGGGCUGCAGAUUUUUGACCGCGCACUAUCUACAUCAGAGUGCAUUGCCUUAUUUCGAGAAACAGUAGUUCCUUAUUAAAACAAAGAGGUAGACCCUGGACUUGCUGUUUGCAUGGGCGAGAUCAUUUGAGGAUCAUCCUGAAAAAUCUAUAAAUUUUUACAGAUGUUGCGCGAAGAACUGCAACAACAUACCAGCUGUGUUUGGUGAACUGAUGCGAAGCCGAUUGUUCUUAAGGAAGACGCCCCG